CUGAGUUAACCAGAUGAUAUUACGAUAGCGAUCGGCUUGAAGCCUGAAGCAACGACUCGCUUCUACCUGAAUAUACUCCUUUUCCCCACUUGAACAUCAUUAUGGGGGACCAACACAUCAGCCUCGUCGACCACACCGAUGACGAGUCCGCAUCUGCGCAGACAGAACAAACAACACCAGCAGCACAGCCAGAGUCACACAUUGAUAUCCUCUACGAGAAUCAGCGCGGCUGGUUCGUCUUCGGCAUACCUCUCUUCUCCGCAAACGCGCUCUGGAACCUUCGCGUCGACCAUGCAGCAUGGGUUGAUGCGAAAUUCAAGCCCUCGGCAGUAAAUAUUACGAACGCACAAGUACCGGACCCCAGUUGGGUAUGGGAGUGGAAGAGCUGGUAUGUGGACAUGAGCCACGACGUCGACGAGGAGGGUUGGCAAUACAGUCUUUGGUUUAGAGGAGCUGCGUGGCACGGCAACCAUCCGUGGUUCCAUAGCUUCGUCAGGCGGAGACGCUGGUUAAGGAAACGUGCCAAACAGAGGCUGCCUCCCAAGACCAAGGACAAUAGGGAGAGACUAUUUGGCGAAACCUUCAGUAUUGGAACAACGCUAGUCAGAGCAAAUACCAUAGGAACGAUGAGUGGACAAGGCAGCCAAGAACAGUCAUUCGAGGAAGAGGUUCGGAACGUGCCAGCAUUGAUGCGGGCAUUGAAAAACUCCGCCAUUGAUCGCGAAAAGAUCAUAGCCAUCCAGAAGUUCAUCGAUGAGGCUGACGAGGAGUUACAUUAUUUGGCUGAACAAAUCCCGUCGAUUAUGUCGAUGCUCAUAUUUCAGAACUCGCGCCGCCAACUAUUAUCUACCCUUAUGACUACCUUUGAUGAAGCACAACGACACCGCGAAGAACACAAACGUAGCGGGAAACCAGAAAACGACGCGGAACAACGAAGAAUUGAUAACUUGCUCAAGGCUGUGGAAGCUGCCGAUGCGGAAUGCAAAAAGCUCGAAUACUGGAGCGACAUUCGAAAGCUUGCAGAAAGCGGCGAUGCUGGCAAUGCGACAGACCCCCAGAGCGGAUGGGAUGCGAAUUGGCAAGGCUUGGACGGCAGUGGGGCUCCUCACCCAUGAUGCAGAGUUGUAGCAUGAUACCUACGUAUUCAUUGCCCUUUGCGUUACAGGAAUUAGACCAAGCAUAGGCAGAAACUCAAUAUGUAUUGGAGACAACAAUAGAUUUGGUGAACAAGGUCGGAGGCACAUCGUACCAAAAGCUG